AUGAGACUGGCUCACAUCCCGUUGAUUCUGCUUCCGCUCCUCACAUGGGCGGUGCAGCAAUCACCACCAUCACCUGCCGAGACCCUUGACUCUGCUCCCCCUCACUCCGAUUCAUCUCCUCGAGCGGCAAUUGUAGCUCUUGUUGAAGAGAGCGAUCUUUCUGACCUCGAAGUGUCUGUCCGUCAGCUCGAAGAGUCAUUCAAUGCCCACUACCAGUACCCCUGGGUCUUCUUCAGCACCGAGCCCCUCAGCGAGGACUUCCGUCAGGUCGUCUCUACUGCUACCACGUCCGUCUGCUUCUAUGAAACCAUCACCCCCGGUAACCACACUCUCAAUGAAUCGCAUGACCUGGCCAGCCCGGCCCACUGUCACCGAUGCACUUCCCGCCAUAGCCUCGACUCUCUCGCCAAGCAAGGCAGGAUGAGAGACUAUGACUGGUUCUUGCGAGUUGAGCCAGGCGCACUCUUCACCGAACACAUUGAAUUCGAUGUCUUCCGCUUCAUGCAGGACCGCGAGAUCGGCUAUGGCUGGCUGACAGGACCCCGACUCUACUGGAUAGAUGAUGCAAGCAGCCACCUACCCAAACCCAACUCGUCCCCCGCAGAAAUGGAGAUUCCUCCACUCGACGGCGCUGCUGGCACCUGUGGCCUUGUAGCCUGUAACAUGGACGGCAGUCAUUCUGACGACUUUAUGGUAUUACGUUCUGGUUUUGGCAUUCCAUUCCUUGAAGGUGGUGGAGAUCUUGUAAACUUUGAUACUGACUGGAAACAGACGUGCGCGGAGGGCGGGCAGACUAAGGCGGUGGAUUGCCUUGGCCCGAGAACCGAACUCGGAUCAAUCGCCUUUUUCCAAAGCGAGGGCCAUGAAGCCCUCAUCCAACACUCUCUCAACAACCAUUGCGAAGUCGAUCCCACCGACACCCCCGACGAUGACCCUAGUGAAAUCUUCCGGGUUCGCAAACUCCGAUCCAUCAGGGUGAUCCCAAGAUAUCAUCUGGGGGUCUCCCGCAGGGUCACUGGAGGCAUCAAGCCAAAGUUCCCGGGACCAACGCCAGCUCCGGUUAUCAGCAUUCUGCUCUACCACGUCGCCUUGAGCAUGGAGAAACAUCACUCACACUGGAUGUGGAUUUGUGAGGACAUGAGCCGACAGGCACAUGUGCCUGGACUGAAGAGCGGGAACACGGUGAUUGACGAGCGUAAUUUUACGCCAUUUUACAAGUUUUGA